AGGGCAGUCAGUGCAGGCAGAGUAUAUUGGCAAUUACUUCUCAGGCAAACAGUUGGACAGCUCAAGGAGUUCGAGAGGGAGCAGCUGAUGCAGGAUGUGGGGACAGACAAUGAUCGGGAAAUCUUGCCUCCUGCUGUUACUUCUGCAAGCUGGACUGAUGCUAGAGUGGGAUAUCGACACUCCACGGAACGUGACAGCCCAGAAAGGUUCCUGUGCACGGAUUCCAUGUCGUUACACUUAUCCUUCAAAACUGGUAAACCAAACACGGGUUGGAAUCUGGUUUAAUGCCAAUAAACAGGGUACAUCAUUGAUAGCCUUUCACUCCCGGCAUCACAGCAAAGAGUUGCCACGUUUCCGACAUCGAACCCGGCUAUCUGGAGACCUGAACGAUGGAGACUGUUCCCUGAUUGUAAACAACAUCAGGCAGGAAGAUGCAGGACCUUAUUUCUUCAGAGUAGAAUUUCAGGAAAUGGAUAAAUUCAACUACUUGCCUGAAACCCAGCUCUAUGUUUCAAAUUUCACAGAUAAACCCACGAUAUUCCCCGUGGAAAUUAUCGCAGGAAAGUGUGUGAGUCUAAACUGUAUCUUCAACACAACGUGCAAUGGAACAGCACCUGCCUUAACCUGGGACACUCCCAUAGCUGCUGAUGGAUCACUCUCAAACACCGUCACUCAGCAUGGGGUCACUCUGAGCUACACUUCUGUUCUGAGCCUGACACCGUCACUCAGACACCAGGGACAGACCCUCACCUGCAGAGUGAGUUAUCCAACUGUGUCAUCAGAGCAGACCCUCAUACUGACAGUGCAAUAUGGUCCAGUGUUUUCCCGAGAGUUGGAAUGUGCUCGGAGGGCAGAGGGGAUUACCUGCAUCUGUGCAGCCAACUCCAACCCUCCCGGAGACCUCACCUGGCACCUCCCCCACGCCAACCUCAGCGGGAACCAAACUCAUGGAGACUUUGUGUCGCAGCAGCUCAGAGUGGGGCAUCUGGUGAUGGGCUCUCUGACCCUGACAGGGCACUCGGAGGAAGAGGAAACGAUGGCAUCCUGCUCAGUUCGAAACCCGCACGGGGCAGCCAUGCUCAAGGCAUAUUUUUGGGUCAAAGAGAGAGACUUCAAUAAAUGGACUGCAGGAUUGGUCAUGGCGGGAAUCAUGCUGAGUGUUUUCCUGGCUGGAAUUCUCACCUUCCUGUGUUGUCAAAAGAGAAAGACAGUGACUGAGGAGACAGCUUCAAAGGUCAGUGACAUCGCAGUGACCUACCCUCCAGAUGCUGUGACACACCAGGUUUCACACAACAUGGUGGUAACUGACUUGCAAAAUACAACCAGGGACCCAGCUAGAGGGGGUGAAACUCCAGCUCCCGGGAAUGUCUUCGAGGGUCCAGUGGGAAGAGACACUGCACACCCUGGGAGCACUAAAGACCUUCUCUAUGCCAGCAUCAACUACACAAAGUUACCCAGCAGUGAUGGGGCUGUGCAGAGGGGUGAGGACACGGAAUAUGCACAGAUCAGAUUCCAGCCAAACUGAGAGAGAAAAGCAGGGAGAGGGCUGUGAGGGAUGUGUGCAGUCAAUGUGGUUGAAUAAUGAAGAGAAAGUGGCGCUGCCCAGCUUUGGUGUUCACUCUGAAUAUGCUUUCCAAGUGCUGCAUCUUUUUCACGUUAUCAGAGAUUGUAUGAAGUUUAUGAAUUGUGUGUAAUUUCGC